AUUUGAUUUAUGAAUUAAUUGAUUACUGACGGCACCGGCAGUGAACCCAAUGGCUUGUGUGGCGUUCACAGACGCCCCGUCCUCUGCCUCGUCCGAUGGUGGAAGUAGUGAUGACUUAUGCUAUGAGACGGGCGUUAACUUCGAGAAGGAGUCGGUUGUCGAGAGUCAGGAAUCGCCGCAAUCGCCGGUCUCUCCCCGAACCGGUCAACGCGUGCGCAGAGAGCGGACGCUAUCGCUGUCUAAGUCGGCGAAGUCGGCCACAAAGACGGACACAGUAUUGCGGACCAGACAGAGAACAAUCUACACGUCAGGCCGUCCGCCCUGGUAUGACACUCACGGCCAGUCCAUCGAGUGCUUUGUCAUCGGAAUAUGUGGCGGAAGUGCUUCGGGGAAGACAACAGUCGCUCAAAAGAUAAUCGAGGCGUUGGACGUGCCGUGGGUUACACUCCUCAGUCUCGACAGCUUUUAUAAAGUAUUAAACGAAGAUCAGCACCGGUUGGCCCAUAAUAAUGAGUACAACUUCGACCACCCGGAGUCCUUUGACUUGGACCUACUCGUUGAGACCUUACGUAAGCUGAAGGAAGGCAAACGAGUGGAGGUUCCCAUCUAUAACUUUGUCACACAUUCUCGAGAGAAGCAGACUAAGACUAUGUACGGCGCGAAUGUCAUCAUAUGUGAGGGAAUACUGAUAUUCGCCAACAAGACAUUGGUUGAUAUGAUGGAUAUGAAGGUGUUUAUCGACACCGACUCAGACAUACGACUGGCCAGACGUCUGCGUCGCGAUAUCACCGAAAGGGGCAGAGAUCUGGAGGGUGUCAUCAAACAGUACAACCAAUUCGUGAAACCCAUGUUUGACUUCUAUAUC